GUGAAGCAAGGCGUACAAUCACCACUCCAUAGAAAAUAUCAACCUCUGGUUCACCCCUUCAGGUGACCAAACUCGAAUGGAGGAACCGAAAUGGAACGAUCACCACAACGACGAAGAGGAAUUUCAAGAUGCGCUCGACGAUUUCGACCGAAAGGGUUGUCACGACGCGCUCGACGAUUUCACGUUCUAUGAUGCGUUUGAAGCUUUCUCCGAAACGAUACAACCCCAAGUGUCGAUCCAAUCUGAAAACCCUAAUCCAUCUCCGGCGGAUAAAGACCUGCCCCGUCUGGAUAUACGCCGUCGGCGGUCACAUUCACGUCAGGAUUCCCCCGGCGACGACUCGACGGAGCCGUCAACGCUUAGCUCGCCCGUAAAUUCUGAUAUUUAUCUGAGAGAGAGAAAAUGGAGGAAUUCGCCAAAAAGUGAGGAAAGCGCGAGUGAAUUGGGAAAUUCCGAUCCAUUAGAAACCAGAUUCAGAUCAAAUUCACCGGAAAGCACCGUAAUUGAGGAGAAGGGCGAGACAAGUGAGCAACCUUCUACUGUAACAAAUGCAACUGCCCCUGCCAACACGCGUGAGGAUUUAGCAAGGAAUGGCUCGAGCUUGCGAGAGCACGAAGAAGAAGCUGCACAUUCGAGUCUUUUAUUGACUCUAGCUGGUAUAGUAAUCAAGUCCAUUAGCUUCCAAAUUCUUUUGUCCGUAAAAGUAAUUACGUUCCCCAUACAUUCGUUGUAUUACCUGUACAUGCUUGCUUACGAUCCGUUCGGGUUUUCGAGGAGCUGCAGAGAGUAUUUAUUUGGGAAAAUUAAUUCCAUUUGGAGUUCUGUGUACCAACUUGCUACAGAGUUCAUCAACGAAUGGUUUAAAGAACACCAGUCGAUUUGGAAACUCGUAUUGAAAUGCCUGUGGGGAUUAAUGUGGUCUUGUUAUGCGUGUGCCGUUUUAGUGGGAUUGUUGUUUUCGGCUUUUGUGACGAGUGGAAUAUUAAUAAAGGUGGUGGUGGAGGAGCCUACUAGAAUACAGAGGAGUUUGAAUUUUGAUUAUAAGGAGAAAAGCCCGGUGGCAUAUGUACCGAUAGUAACAGGCUCGGAGUUCAUUCACGACAUAUAUCUUGGGGAGAAUCGUGAACUUGGGAAAGGUGGUGGAUCAAGAAUUAUACCACCUUAUCACAAAUUGAAGGUUACUGUUUCAUUGACUUUGCCCGAGUCUGAGUACAACCAAAAUCUCGGGGUAUUUCAGAUCAGAGUGGAUUUCCUUGCUGCUGAUGGCCAAAUUCUCGCAACCUCGAGGCGCCCGUGCAUGCUUCAGUUCAGAAGUCCACCAAUCCGACUUCUGCUGACUCUUCUUAAGCUUGCCCCAAUCUUAACUGGCUACACAUCUGAAACCCAGAAUAUAAACAUACAUUUCAGAGGCUUCACGGAAGGCCUAAAGCCAACCGCCAACUUAAGAGUGGUGAUCGAGCAGCGAGCCGAGUUCUCUCCUGGUGGUGGCAUUCCCGAAAUAUACAGCGCGCAUUUGACCCUAGAAUCCGAGCUUCCUCUAGUGAAAAGGGUGUUAUGGUUUUGGAAAAAGACAUUGUUCGUGUGGAUUAGCAUGGUUAUCUUUACAGUGGAGCUGUUUCUUGCCCUACUUUGUUGCAGGCCGAUUGUGAUCCCGAGAAUUUGCCAGACACGAGCCGCCUCUAAUAGAAACACAAAUUAAAGCAGUUGUUCACUCAAAUCUUUGUUCAUACCUUUUAUCUUGGGAUUAAUUGUUAUUUUUUCUUUAUCUUAUACAGAAGAGGUUAUUUUUUACAACCUUGGUCUUCUAACUCAUGUUGUAUGUAAGUUUUGAUGCUGAAGAAGUAAAGCAUAUUUUCUUGUUCUUUUAUGUAUAUAUUCUCAUCUCACAUAUGGUGUUCUUUUAUGCUGAAGAAGUUGCCUUGAGCUAAAAAAGGUGGAUUUGAGUUGAGUACAAUGGAUUUUUCCUUUUGAUUUAUGAACCAAUCUUGGACCUGUACAAGGUUGUAGAUUUAUU